AUGUCGUCCUUCGAAGACACUGUCCACUUUUUUCGUCACCCUCAAUUCGACAAAAAACAACCCCUUCCACGAGUCACUCUUGGGGCUGUGAACAAAGACGGCUCCUUCCACUACACAAAGACCUUUGGAGAGGAUGCAUUUGAGAGUCUUGCGACGGAUGGAGUACACUUUCUCGCAUCAAGUACUAAGCUUGUUACCACCAUUGCUGUGAUGCAAUGCGUGGAGAAAGGACUGCUCAAUCUCGACGCGGACGUUUCAGACAUCCUGCCAGAGUUGAAGAGUCUUCGGAUCCUAACCGGCUUUGAUGAACAAGACAAACCAACUUUUCGAGACUCAACCAAAGCCAUCACCCUGAGGCAUCUUCUGACUCAUUCGAGCGGUUUGACCUACCUCCAUAUGGAACCCCUCUUGACCCGUUACGACCAGCUCCCAGAAGUUGAGCCUCGACGUCGCGAAACGCUGAUAGAGAAGUUCUACACAAUUCUAGUGUCAGAACCCGGUGAACGUUGGCUAUACUCCCCAGGUAUCGACUGGGCCGGCGCCAUGGUUGAAAGAGUCACUUCCAUGAGGCUAGGAGACUACAUGAAACGCCACAUAUUCGACGUCGUGUCUGUCAAAGACGCCACUUUUCAAUUGCAAGAACGUGAAGACCUGCGAGAACGCAUGGUAAACACUUGGGAACGAGUGGGAGAAGAACUGAGAAUCACAAAGUGCCCAGCCGCAGACCCAGUCACCGAUGACCUCGGAGGCGGUGGCUUGUAUUCUACUGUGCCCGAACUUCUCAAGAUCUACCAUGGUCUUUUGAGCGAGAAGUUGCUGGCCAGGGAAACAAUCGACUUGAUGUUCCAGUCUCAUCUUCAUGAUGCGCCCGGUCUCCAAAGUCAAGAUGAGUAUUCCGAAUCCUAUCGCAAUGCCAUUUACAAUUCGAUUCCUUCUACAACGCCGACGUUCCGAAAACUCGCUCUCCUGGACUGGAAUGCCGAAUAUUUACUGGCUGACAUCUUCUGCCCAGUGGAUUGA